GUAAAUGGGCAGAUUCCUCAGUAGUGAGGUGGACUUGGGGUCACGAACCUGGGCACCCUGAACUCGCCUCACCGGUGGUCAGCUGCCGCGGAGGAGCGAGGGGGUGAGGAGAAGGGCUGAAAAAAGAAAAUGGAGGCAGAUAUUGCAGAUCUCCGAUGCAAGCUAAAAGAGGUUGAAGAAGAGCGACUAAAAGCUGCACAGUAUGGUUUACAACUUUUGGAGAGCCAAAAUGAAUUGCAGAAUCAGUUGGACAAAUGUCGUAAUGAAAUGAUGAACAUGACCGAGAAUUAUGAACAAGAAAAAUAUAGCCUUCAGAAGGAAGUGGAACUCAAAAAUCGAAUGUUAGAAAGUUUAAGUUCUGAAUGUGAAGCUAUUAAACAACAACAAAAAAUGCACCUUGAGAAAUUAGAAGAACAACUGAGCAGAAGCCAUGGACAGGAAGUGAAUGAACUAAAAAAUAAGAUAGAAAAACUGAAGGCAGAAUUAGAUGAAGCUAGGCUAAGUGAAAAGCAGCUGAGGCACAAAGUAGAUCAUCAAAAGGAACUCCUUUCUAGUAAAUCAGAAGAAAUGCGGAUGAUGUCUGAACGUGUACACGAGAGUAUGUCUUCUGAGGUGUUGGCUCUUCAAAUUGAGCUUACCGAAAUGGAGAAUGUAAAGACCACCCUCAAAGAAGAAGUCAAUGAACUGCAGUACAGACAAGAACAACUGGAACUUCUUAGUACAAAUUUAAUGCGCCAAGUAGACCGCCUUAAAGAAGAAAAAGAGGAGCGAGAGAAGGAAGCAGUUUCUUACUAUAAUGCCUUAGAGAAAGCUCGUAUAACAAAUCAGGAUCUUCAGGUGCAAUUAGAUCAAGCUCUCCAGCAAGCCUUGGACCCCAACAGUAAAGGCAACUCUUUGUUUGCAGAGGUCGAAGAUCGAAGGGCUGCAAUGGAACGUCAGUUUAUCAGUAUGAAAGUCAAGUAUCAGUCACUAAAGAAACAAAAUGCAUUUAAUAGAGAGCAGAUGCAAAGAAUGAAGUUACAAAUUGCCACAUUGCUACAAUUGAAAGGGUCCCAAACUGAAAUGGAGCAACAAGAACGGUUGCUGGCCAUGUUGGAGCAGAAGAAUGGUGAAAUUAAACAUCUCUUAGGGGAAAUUAGAAAUUUGGAGAAGUUUAAGAGUUUAUAUGAAAGUAUGGAAUCCCGACCUUCAUCCAACUCUGGUGUUGUAGAAGAUAACAGCUACUAUACAGAUUUACUUCAGAUAAAGCUUGACAACUUAAACAAAGAAAAUGAAAACAUUAAUGGUGAAUUGUCCAUACAAAGAAUGAGAGCGCUAUUUGAGAGCCAACGGGCUCUGGAUAUUGAACGAAAACUUUUUGCAAAUGAAAGAUGCCUCCAGAUUUCCCAAAGUGAAAAUAUGAAACUGAGAGCUAAACUAGAUGAAUUAAAACUGAAGUAUGAACCUGAAGAGAAAAUUGAAGUGCCUGUGCUCAAAAAGAGGCGUGAGGUACUGCCUGUGGAUAUAACUACCCCUAAGGAUGAAUUUGCCAAUAGUGCCAUUGGGGAAGAUGAUUAUAGAAUACCACCUCAGAAGGAGGAGGCAAAGUCCUGUCUGAGCAAUUUAGAAAAUAACUCGCAAUUAGAAAAGACAGCUCCUGUAAACACAUCACAAGUUAAUUUCUCUCCUCACAAAAACCUGCCUAUGGAUACACAACCAGUAAAGGAAAAGAAAUGUGUGAAACUUAUAGGAGUUCCAGCUGACUCUGAAACCUUAAGUGAAAGAAGUGGAAACACGUCUAACUCUCCCAGGUUAGCUGCUGAAUCAAGGCUUCAAACAGAAGUUAAAGAAGGGAAGGAAACUGCAAGCAAAUUGGAAAAGAAUACUUGUAAGAAAUCACACCCUAUUCUAUAUGUAUCUUCCAAAUCAACUCCAGAGACCCAGUGUCCUCAGCAGUAAAGACUUUUCCUUUAAUGAGAGUAAGAUACCACUUGCUCAAAAGGCUAUUUUGAAGCUUACUGUCUGUAUCUGAAGUACACUAACUUACAGGUUAUUUCAUUCUGCUUAUUGUGCCAGGAACGAGAAUUUUUAUACUUCUUUUACCAAGAGUCAAAAUUUGGUUGUGAUUCUAUCUAGAAUUCCUUAAGAGGACCCUUCAUGGAACAUCCUUGAAUCAGUGUGAAAAAACUACUAACUGAAUUACCAUCAGUCUGUUUGUAACAUUGUGAUGAAUUUUUAAGCAGUAUUAACAUACACCUUGAGAACCUUCUAUUGAACAGAGAACACUGAAAUCUGAAUUACUAUAUUUUAUCUGUAUACUUUUUUAUGCUGAAUUUUCACUAUGUUAUAAAAGUAUCUA